CAUGGGAAUAUUUGUCACGCGUGUGGUGAUUGACGAAGAUAAUCAUUUCGCCGAGGGCUCAAAAAAGUGCAAGUUUAAAACACUGUAAACAAGAUUAAAUGGUAACAAGUAGUUCCAUGGCUUAGACGAUGAGCGGAAAUGUCCUAUGAACCACCAGUUCUUUCAAGAAAACUUGGCUUUGGUGAUGCGAAAGCCCCCGAAAGCAACAGUAGAUUACAAUCACGUCUUAGUCAUGGAGAGAAGCCAGUAGCUAAUGGUCUGACAAGAUCACUGCCCCGAUUUGAAGAGAAUGUCCAGCGAGAGGAUUUCAAACUUCUGAUAGAUCCCGCCAUUAAGAAAGGACAUGCUAAAAUCUACAGAUAUAAUGGAGUGUUUCCAGGGCAACCACCGGUUGUGCCAAAGGAUCCUCGCUCUAGGAGAACGAGAAUAUGGACUCUCAACAAAGCCGAUUUACCAGUUCCUAAUUUUAAGGUGGACAAGUGGUAUGUAGGAAUUCCUCCGCAACGCGAAGUGCACUUUUCGGGUUUAAAUGACAAUGUGGACAAGAAGUUUUUACAAGAGAUGUGCGAACGCUUUGGCCGAGUCGAUGCCAUAAAAAUAUAUUAUGAUCCACAAACAAAGAAACACGCCGGAAAGGGUCGUGUGACUUUUGCAACUACCAACGCUGCUAAAAUGGCAGUUUCAAAAUUGGAUCACACUUCUGUCAUGGGAAACAUCAUAAAGGCACAUAUUGAUCCUAAUACCAAAGGACAUGAAGUUCACAGUAAACAGCGAGGAUCAGAGCAUCCUCCUGCAAGAAGAAACUCAGGCCAUGAGAUUUGUUCGGGAAGUACUGCUGCUAUGUCUCAUUCCACAACCCACUUACCGACUCCAUCUCCUUCCUUAAUGUCACAGUCAUCAUCUGCAGAUGGUUCAGUGCUGUCACCUUCAUUGCUGUUGAUGAAAAGUCCUGCAUCAUCAGUUCGACUGCCAGCAGAUGUUUGGGGAGGAUCACUAAGUAAUUCAUGGGACAGGACAACUGCAGGUGGCAACAAGUUGACUCAAAGUGGAUCAGCCUUUAUGUCCCCUCAAAGUGUGUCAUCUUCACAGUCUACAUUUGAACCAGUCUCGCCACCACAUGUGUUCCACAAAAAUGAUGAGCCCCCACCCCCUCCACCACCAACCUCAAAUCCCCAACCACCACCAGUGGAGAAAGGCUCAUCAAAAGAGCCUCCACCACCACCCCCUUAUGAGAAACCUGGUGCAUCUUACAUUAAGUAUGAAGAUAUAUCGCCUGAUCCUAUUUUCUCCCCUAGAGAUGAAGAUAAGUUAGUACCUUCUCACAAAGAGGAUGAUGUCCAAACAAUAACCAAGCUUAUUGAAUCAUGUAGAAGGGAAUCCACACUUAAUUCGUCACCUCCUAGCAAAACUCGAUCACCUCGCAUUGACAGAAAUGAGAGUUACACAAAAUGGGAAAGAAGGAAACAGUUGGAACGAGAGGAGAGAUAUCGCGAUAAACAAAGAGACUCUGAUAGGUAUGGUGGAUGCAACGAUAGGGAUCAUAGUUAUAAAGAUGAUCGAAGGUUUGACAAACAUGGAGACUACCGAUAUAAAAGAGAUGAUAAAAAGGUUGGUAAAAGGGACAAUUACAGGAGGGAUGAUUAUGAUAGAAACAGAAGUGGAGGUCGCUGGGACAAAGAUGAUUACAAAUAUAGAAAAGACAGGUUCAGUACAAGUCCAAGGAGAGGGGAUGAGCGCAGAUGGUCUGAUUUAAGAAACAGGGAUCCUAGACUGAGAGACAGAGACAGAGAUAGUGAAAGUGGUGAUGGUAAAGAGAUGCAAAGUAAAAGACUAAAUGAAAGAGAUAAAGAAGGACAUAAUGGGGAAGAUGACCACAGUCGUGAUCCCAGAUUGAAAGGAAGAAAUCUGGAAACUUCUGAUAAGAAAGUGAAAGAACAGAAGAAUGAAGGAAGUAGUUCCAGAGAUGUUAUUAACAAGGAAACUAGAUCAAUGGACAGUGAAAAUAACAUUUCAGACCAAGACAGAGAGAAUAACACUUCUGAUUUAAGAGUCAAAGAUCCCAGAUUACAGGGUAAGGAUAGUGAACAAAAAAGUAUUUAUCAGUUUGAGUUUUCUCACAAUCUCAGCUACAAAGACACUUUUGGUCAAGAACAGGAAAAUAAUAUUGCUCAGGAUGAAGAUCUUUUGUCUACAUCUGAUUUAGGAAAAACGGAGAGUGUCUCUAAAAAUUCAAGUGCAGCAGAAAUUAUCUCAUCUGUGGUAGCUGGUGCCUCAUUGGGGGAAACAAAAACAAUAAAUAGGUACUCGGAGGAUGCUUAUACACUUGGGGUAGAAACCUGUUCUGAUGAAGAACCCUUACCUCCCGGUGAUGAGCAUGAUGUUGCUCAAGAGGUACAAUUAGACAUUACCAGAAGCAAAAUCAAAGCUGCACAGAAUGCUGUAAAGAAGCGAAAACUUUCGGAGACUGUUCAGGAUGACAAGCAGACCAGUGGAUCUAAAGCAAAGAAAAUACAAAUAGUCUUAAAGAGUGUUCAGCUUAGUGCAGCUGAAACAGAACAGAAUCCAUCAGCGAACUUAGAUAAUACACUGAAGGAUAAGGAACAUGGAGAUGAAGCUCUCAGAGGUUGGAAAAGAGUUUUGCUUACUGCUGAUAAGUCUCUGCCUGAAGUUGCUGCAGAUAUUGCAGUGUCUUCUUCAGAAGUAGAGGUCAGUUCAUUUGGAGUGAAAAACUUACCACUUACAGAGGAUAUUUCUCCCUGCAAUUCUCCUGCCAUUGAAACAACAAGCCAAGUGGAAUGCAGCAAUGCAACAGUUUCCAAAGAACCAGUUUCAGGUGACCUUUAUUCAGACAUUGAAGGAAAUGAUGAUGACAAUGAUGUUAAUGAUGUGAACAAUGAUGAUAAUGAUGAUGCCAUGUCAUUGUCAUCCAUUAGCUCAAAUGAGGACACUUUAGAAGUCACUGAGCCAGAUAGCAAGCCUUUGCCAAAGCCAAAGGGCAUUUCUGUUCCACCACCAAGUGUUGUUUUUCCACCUUAUCCACCUCCCAUAUUCAAUCCCAGCAUACCACCUCCACCCUUCUUUAACCCGAGGGUACCUCCUCCACCCCUAGGACCUGUUUCUGUUCCUCCACCACCCCUCCCUACAGUCCCUCCACCUCCCAAUAUUUGUCCACCUUUACCUGUAAGGCCCAUUCUACCACCAGCAGUACCACCACCCUCUGGCCCACCUAUCCCAGUUCCAUGUCCAUCGAUACCUCAUUCUUCAUUUUACGACACAAGGAUGGCACCACAGUUCUCUAGUGUCAGUUUUCCCAGCAGUGGAAAUUAUGGCUUCCAGAAAAUAGAGCAGAAGAAGCCGUGGACAGCUGUGAUCAUUGAUGAGGUUUAUAGGAACAUCUGUGGUGAUUUGGACACUGUUCUGAAGAGAGAUAUAUUUAAAAAGCUUGUUGAAGCAUCUGCAUUCAAAGCUUUGGAAUCCUGGUGGGAUAAUCAGACCAAACCUAAGGACAUUUCACCUACAACUGCAAAUUCAUCAAGAAACCUUCCUAUGGGCCAAAACCCAACAUCCACCAUUGGACUUCCAUCAAACUCGGGUACUGGACCUUCAACAAUUGGACCGAGUCCUUUUGAGAGAUCUCACAGUACCAUGCCUCUUGGGUUACGUGCAUCACUGCCUAAGCUACCCUCCUUUAAAGUCAAAAGGUUACCAGAACCCCCUAAAACUGAAAAAUUGGAUAGUUUUACAAGAAAGCGCAGCAACACUGAGUCCACAGAUGUCCUUGAGCGGGAAGUUAAAAAACGGAUUUUGGGUGAAGGAGACUCGGAAAUGGAGACAGAUUUGGAAUGCAGUUCUUCAUGGGACAGGCGACCACAUACCAUUAGCAGGUUGGACGAGGGUGAGCGUAGUCAGUCACCACAACAACUUGAUGACAGUAUGGAUGUCGCCCCACGUGCUACAAUAGUGAGAAGCAGUGAAGCUGAUGAGCGGCGACCAAGCACAGGUUCAUCGUUGUACCACACACUUUACUCCAGUAGCAGUAGUAGCAGUGAAUCAGGAAGUGACGAGAGCGAGUCUGAAGAUGAUGAGGAGGAGAGUGAGGAAGGAAGCGGGGAAGAAAGUGAAAGCGAAAGUGAAGAUGAAAGUGAAUCAGAAAGUGAGGAAGAUGAGACACAAGAUGGAAACAAGGAAGAGGUAAAGCUGGAAGUUGAAAUGGAAAUUGAGCAGCCAGUUGGCGAAGAUCAAGAAAUGGUAGCGUUGCUUGUGAAGAACAAACAAGAUGUAUUUCAUGAACACCCUGAAGAUGUGUCAGAAAAGUUAUUUGGCUUCAAGGAAAAUGAAGAUGUAGGACGAUACAAUUAUGAUAACAAAGAACUUGAGAAAACAUUUCAGUUCAGAACUCUAUCUGAAAAAGCUGCACCCACUGAGACAUAUCGAUCUUUCCAUAUUGCUGAUAUUGUACCUGAUUUAUUCAAAAAUCAUGAGGAUUCUUUCAACAAAACUACGGUCAUGGAGGAAGAAAAUAUGUCAAGUGGAAAAGAACAAGAAGUACAAAAAAUAGAACCGUUACUACAGAGAGUGGCUACUCAGAAUAGUAAGCGAGAUUCAGAGGACAAUCACAGCAACUCAGAAAAUAAAAGUACAGCUAUAAAACUAGAGGAGGCUGUCGAAAAAACAGAGGUGAAAGUUCCCAUAGGAGCUUCAGUGUUUGGUUUUCAGGACAAAAAGACAGUUAAACCUGAACGUGUGGAGUUCAUGUGUGAAAAGAAGGCCUACUCUGAAAUGAAUGAAAACUACACAUAUUCUGAUGAGCGAAUGCCACUUUUGUCUCCUGACAAGCCAUUGGCUGUGUCACUCAUUGAGCUCGACCACUCGUAUGGUUUAGCUGUUCCAGAGGAAUUUGCACCAGUAUCUGUGGAAGAACCUGAAUUGUUGGAGGGCAGUAUUAAGGAGUCAUUGCUCCCUAGUGACAGAGAGUUGACUGAGUCACCUGUAGUGGACAUAGUAUCUGUCGACUCAGCAUUAACUUUGCUUCCCGUGCCUGAGCUUACUCAGGUUCCUAAGCCCCUGUUCCCUGUGCGGUCAUUUGAGGCUGAUGAUGAGCUGGUCUACGAGUUUCACAAACUGGGGAUUGAUGCAGAAGAUUGCUAUUACUUGAAAGUCGGCUUUGAACAACUUCAGCAAGUGGCAUCCGAUUCAGUGGUAGACGCACACUGGAGCAGUCAUCCACCAACUGCUCAACCUGUAACGAAAUUGCGCCGGAAGCAGAAAACAGAACAUGGUGUACGUGUGCACGUGACAGGAUGUGCCCGCACUGAAGGGUUUUAUAAGAUUGACAUCAAAGAGAAGGCCAAAUACCUACAGGCUCAGAGGCGACAGCUACAGUGUCAGGCGAACGUUACUAGCGAAGGGCAGAAAACAGACGGCAAUAAGGCUAAACAACAAUCACGUGAACACAGAGCGAUUCAAAGAAGAUUACAAUCAGCUGUGUGUAAUGAGGAAUUUGGCGACUUACUUAAAUUCAAUCAGCUCAUGGUACGUAAAAAACAGCUUCGAUUUGCUAAAUCGGGUAUUCAUGACUGGGGUCUGUUCGCCAUGGAGUCCAUUGCAGCUGAUGAGAUGGUGACGGAGUACGUUGGAGAGGUGAUCAGACAGCCCAUAGCUGACAUCCGGGAGCGUAGAUACGAGGAGAUGGGAAUUGGCUCAAGUUACCUUUUCCGUGUGGAUCAGGACACAAUUAUUGAUGCUACCACUAAAGGAAACCUGGCGCGCUUCAUUAAUCAUUGUUGUGAUCCUAACUGCUACGCCAAGAUAGUCACAUUAGAGAACGCCAAGAAAAUAGUCAUCUAUUCCAAGAGAGAUAUUGGAGUCAACGAAGAAAUCACUUACGACUAUAAAUUCCCCAUCGAAGACGAGAAAAUCCCUUGUUUAUGUGGUGUGCCUCAGUGUCGGGGCACUUUGAACUAGCGUUUCAACUUUACAUACUGUCUAUAUUUAUAUUUAUGUAGUAUGAAUUUUGUACAAAGGACGAAGUCUUGUUUAGCGUAUUUUGAAGAGAGAAAAAUGUUAUGGCUUUAGUAGGCGCGUUAAUCCUUACGUAACAAUCGGAAUGUGUCCCUCCCUCACAUUUUAAAUUAUUCAACAAGGAUCGCAAACGUUUCCGGGACCUAUCAGUUCGGUCUUGAUGUGAUUUCUGUAGGUGUUCGUAGAUUGACUACAGCACCUGAAGCUUUUAUUGCACUGAGCAGAAGUUGUGUUGCCCCUUCCAUUGGUCUUCAGUUGUUUUCCACUCCCGCAUACUACUCUGGCUCUUGGCAAAACAGUGUUGUAUUUCAUCUCGUUAUGCAAAGAGACAUUUUGUCUCGCCUUUUGUCAAAGAGUGAAUUAAAGUAAUUUCUGUACUAAAUA